GGGCGGCUCGAGACCCUGGUCAAGUUCAAGCGCGAGAAGGAGAAGAGCCAGAAGAGCAACCUCAUCAGAGGCUGGCUCACAGAAAAGGAGAUGAUUAAGACGAAGGUGAAGGGCGCGAUGGCAUAUUGUCAGCGGUUGAAGUUGACGAAGAAGUGCAAGUACACUGGGGAACUGAAAUUCCUCGUCGAAUUGGAGGAUCGUGUAGACGAUGAAAUGUUGCUUCGGCUACGCUUGGAAGAAGAAUUGGCAGCAAUCUCCGGCAACGGGCUCGAGGACGGCUUCGCCUUCUCCCUUCACGAGCCGGGCGCCACUGAGAUUCCGGCGGAAGAGGAUGCCGGAGCCAAGCUUAGGCUCCCGGAGUUUCCUGAGAUCACCCAGGAUCUGGCAACGUUGGGAGCCCGUGUGAAAAAGUUCAAGGAUGCUGCUCUCAAGCGUCGAGGCAUCUACACAAGUGUGGAGGAGCGCUUGAAGGAGGAUCAGAGCCAGGGCCAUGAGAUGCUUGGCUGCAGAGAGUUCAUGCUGCCAAGUUAUUUCGAAAGGAAAGACCUUGAGAACCUCAAGCAAACCCUAGAUCAAAUCAUGACAUCGUACAGCAAGAUCUGCUCCACGGAGACGAGCGCUGACAAGAAAAAGCCCGACAGUUACAAGCUCAUUUGCGAGAUCAUGGAGGGGGUGGCCGUGACCUUGUUGAUGAAGUCGUCGAGCUCUAUUGUGCCCCUCGGAUGCAUCAUGCAGGUUGGCAAUGCUUCCAAGGCGGUUGGCCUAGCCAAAACGGGUGCCAAACGUGGGGCUUCUGCUGCUGGCCUAGAUCGACAACAGGAAACCUGGGAAUUGAAACGUAUAGCACGUGCAGCUGAUUCCAGCAAAGGGAACCACCUGGAAAGUUUAACUCGGAAUCUGUUGCGUGCUGGCUAUGGAGUCCAGAUACCCAUCGACAAGAUUGCCGUCCCCUACUUUCGCCGAGGUCUCUGUCAGCAUCCGGUGUUCUCACUGGAAAUGUUUCUUGUAUAUAUGAUCAAGACAGGCCACUCCAAGCAUUUUCUGGGUGGCUAUGAUGUGAAUACUGAAGAAUCCAGAACGGUUCUGUCUCAGUACUGGCUGCGUUAUCAAAAACAUGAUCCAGGCCACGCAGUGUUUGGAAACCGACCCCUGCAGGAUACCGUGCCACUCGUAUGCUACGGGGAUGAGGGCACGGGGAAGCGCAAGCAUCCUGUUUAUGUGCUGUCCACCAAAGCACUGCUGAACUGCAGACAAGCCAGCAUGUUCCGCUACUUCCUGUACACAGUCGUUCCGCACGAGUGCUACAGAGGUUUCCAGAAAGGCUCGGCCGAGAAGAAUGAAUGCUUGGAUGCUGUUCUGGAGCACUAUGUGUUGGAGGCUACCCGACUUUUCCAACAAGGAGUGGUGGUGGAUGAAGGGCGCACCCUCUACUUCGCAUUUGUAGGCACGGUGGGUGACUUGCCGUUCCAGGCCAAGGCCUGGAAACAAUCGCGUAACUAUCUGACUAAACAUUGUUGCCCUUUCUGUUUGGCCACGAAUGAAGAGUUGGGGGAUGUCGGUGAUGAUCCUGCCUGGGUCAUGGAUGAGGUGCCUCCUCCAUGGCCCCUCACAUCAACUAUGUCUAAGAUUCCUGGCAUGGCAGAUGUAGAAAAGGCCCGACAUGACAUAUUCCAUUUGGGCCACCUGGGUGUGGUGCGCCACUUCUACUGCUCUGUGCUGGUACUAUUGUGCCAGCGCUUCGGGCAUUUUCCUGCAGGUGGUGCAAAAUGGUCAUUAGAUGAGCAACUUGCCAACGCCUAUGAGGAGUUCAGGGCCUUUUGUAAAAUGAUUGGGGCAACACCUUUGGUCAAAGAGUUCACCAAAAAAAAUUUGCAUGCAAAGGAAACAAGCUAUCCGGACUCGUCAUUCAAAGCGAGUGAUUCCAUACUCAUCAUGAAAUUCCUGGAGUAUUAUCUCAGUUUGCCGUGGGCUUUUGAUGACGAUGGUGUCCUGCUCACCAUGCUGCAGGCGGCUGGAUGGUACAAUGAUUUUUACAGGACCUGCUGGACUGCCAAGGACAGGCGUUGGUUCACGUGUUUUGAAGCUGCAGCUGCUGUCCGAAGCUUGGAUUCCUUUAUUCGGGCAUAUGUUGUCCUGGCUCAAUGGUCAUAUCGAGAAUGGCUGUGUCAUUUUGUUCUUGUGCCAAAGCUGCAUUUUCUGAAGAACCUGGUACUGCAAAUGCGUGCCAGCCUUCAAAACCCUGAAAUCGUGUAUCAUGUGAAUCCAGCAGUCUGGGCGACACCUGAUGGGGAGGACUUCAUCGGAGUCAUGAGUCGGCCCAUGAGAACUUUACAUUCGAGCAGUGCCAGCCUGAGGAGGCUUCAAAUGUACAAAGUAGAGUUGAAGAAGGCAUGGGCUGGCAGCAGUGGUAAGUAG